AUGGUCCUGCAGAGCCUGAAGCCACGAAUCUUCGACCGCCUCAACAAGUUCGCGGGGUUGUGGGCUGGGGAGGUGCCAGCAGUGCUAUGGAGCCUCCGCACCAACCCGAAUCAAUCCACAGGAUUCACCCCCUUCCUCAUGGUGUACGGCGCCGAGGCCGUGCUCCCGACCGACCUUGACUACGGCGCGCCAAGGGUAAAAGCAUACAACGAGGACAGAUUGGAGGAGUCACGCCAAGACGCGGUCAACCAGAUCGACGAAGCACGCGAUGUGGCGCUCCUCCAAUCCACCAAGUACCACCAGACCCUCUGUCGCUACCACAGAAGCAACGUUUGA